CCUCGUCCUCGUGUAGACCCCAACCAAAUGCCUUCGCCAGUACAAGUCAGAGAACACGACGAAGAAUUAUUUUCGGAAAAGUUCUUUGGAACUCUUGAACGGGAUAAAGUACCCCUGGCUACAACACCUUAUAUUGGUCUUGAUCAAGGAAAUGCCAAUCCUCGGUUUAUACGUUCUACUGUCGAUAGGGUUCCUUAUUCUAAAGACUUAGCAGAUACCUCAAAAUUACCAAUGGGUCUCGUAAUACAACCUCUUGCAAAGCCAAGACCUGAUGAAGUGGCUAUUCAGACCGUAGACCAUGGAGAAGAAGGACCAAUCAGAUGUUCACGCUGCCGUGCCUACAUCAACCCGUUCUCUACAUUUAUCCAAGGAGGCGGACGAUAUGCGUGCAACAUUUGUUCUCAUUCUAAUGAAGUGCCUUCAUGGUACUUUGCAAACUUGGACAUGUCGGGACGGCGUAUUGAUGUGGACCAGCGGCCCGAGUUGAGAUACGGAUCAGUUGAAUUUGAAGUACCUCCAGACUACAACUCAGCACGUAAACCAGUUCCGCUCCACUACGUGUUCGCAAUUGAUGUGUCAAUGCAGUCCGUCCAAAGUGGUACACUAAAGGCAUGCUGUGAAGCACUUUCACAAGCACUCUAUAGUCCCACAAAUGGACAGAGCACCUUUGUACCAGGAAAUAAAAUAGGAAUAUUGACAUUUGACAAAGGAGUCCAGUUUUACAAUCUUUCGCCAUCUUUGUCCCAGGCUCAGAUGAUUGUGGUUUCAGAUAUAAACGACAUGUUUUUACCGCUACAAGAUGGGUUUUUGGUAGACCCAUACGAAGCAAAGGACCUUGUAUUAGAAUUAUUGAAAAAUAUCCCAGUUAUGUUCAAGGAUAACAUCAAGCCAGAAUCUGUCUAUACUUCAUCCGUGCGUGGUGGUAUGCUUGCAUUGGAAAAAACAGGAGGUCAUUUAUAUGUCUUCCAGUCUACUUUGCCUACAUUUGGACCAGAUGCUCUAAAGGCCCGCGACGACAAGGCUCUCUACAAUACUGACAAAGAAAAGCCAUUGCUAAACCCUCAGAGCGAGGCCUACACAAACCUUGGCAAGGAGUGUGUAAAGAACGGAGUGUGUGUUCAUUCUUGGUUAUUUGCUUUCCAAUAUAUUGAUGUUGCAACUCUUGGAAUUGUGUCUGAAUUGACUGGAGGUGAUGUGCGAUACUAUCCAAAAUUCGCUACCCACGAAACAAAGAAACUGGCUUUCCAAUUAAGCCAUGAUUUGCAUCGUGAAUCUGGUUAUGAUGCAGUUUUACGUAUUCGAUGCUCUGAUGGGCUUCAAGUUGUCGAUCAUUACGGAAAUUUCCACAUGAGCACUUACACCGACAUGGAAUUGGCUGGUAUUGACGAGGAUAAAGCAGUAGCAGCUGUUUUUAAGCAUGACAGUAAACUUGACCUUGAUCGUGGUGUGUCGUUCCAGUGUGCUAUGCUCUACACUACCAAGGAUGGCCAUCGUCGCGUGCGUGUCCAUACCCUUAGUAUACCAGUUACUUCUCAAAUUGUCGAUGUUUUCCGUUGCGGUGACGAAGAUGCGACUAUUAGUGUAAUGCUUCGAAAAGCCAUUUUUGAUUUACACCACAAGAUCAGAAAAACUGUCCAUCAAAUGCUUACAGAUGCAUGCGUCCAAGUGCUUACUACAUACCGUACCAAAUGUGCUGCGUCUACUUCUCCAGGCCAAUUGAUUCUCCCAGAAGGAUUUAAACUUUUACCCAUUCAUGUACAUGCAGCAAUUCGAUCAGCUGCUUUACGAGGAGUGGGGGCUGAUAUGAAUGCUGAUGCUCGAUCUGCGGGAAUGACAAUGUUUAAUGGCAUGGGUGUCAAAGAGUUUGUCCUGACAUUAUAUCCUCGUAUGUACGCAUUGCACAACCUAACCGAUCAGUCGGGGACACAGGACCUUCGAGGGGAUGUAAAGUUACCACCUAUGGUUCGUUGUUCUUAUGAACGUCUUGAUAGCCAUGGUGCUUAUAUUCUUGACACUGGAUCUGAUCUUUUUAUCUGGCUUGGAAAGAACAUUCCUUCAUCUUUCCUCGAAGAUGUAUUUGGCGUCUCUCACUUAGAACAAGUAGACUCAAAUAUGAGUUCUUUACCUGCAUUUACAACCGAAUUGUCCCACAAAGUACAUGCUUUGGCAAGACAGUUUCAAUCAGAAAGAUCACGUUACCUCGAACUUCGGGUGGUCCGACAAGAUAUGGAUCCACUCGAGUUCAUUUUCUCAACAUGGAUGGCAGAGGAUCGUAACGCCGAAGUACAAACUUAUGUAGACUUUAUGUGUGUACUACACCGCAAAAUCCAGGACGAAAUGAAAAAAUCGAACAAUUACUAA